GACACCACCAACGCACUACUCAGGAUCGGCGGCGACCAGGACUUGGCCAGACUUGCCCCCGCUGGAUCCUGCAACGGCUUCUUGUUAUUAUGCAACUCCGAUGCAGCAGCCGAGAAUAAUACCAAUUCUUCUUCUUCUUCUUCUUCUUCAUGGAGUAGUGCUGCUGCCCCGCCGGUUUGCCUCUGGAACCCAUUGACGGGGCACCAGAUCCAGUUGCCCCCGGCCCCCACGGCCGCCGGCUUCCCCGAACCACUGCACGCGGCGGUGGGGUUGGGUCCCGAUCCAACCACCUCGGCGCCCAAAAUCGUCCGAAUCCUCUACUACAACCGCCCCACUAUGUUCGGCUUCGUCUGGACUUCCCAGGUUCAGGUACUGACCGUCGGCGGCGCGUGGAGAGAGAUGGGGAGGACGGUGUGGAAUCUGAAACCAGGGCCAGCGGAAGCCACCUUACAGCUGGUAAACAACACUGCAGCUCUCCACUGGCUCACUCUGGGUCUGGUGGGACAGGGGAGCAGCAGGGCAGUGAAGAUUGUUUCGUUCGAUUUGAGGGAAGAAAUGUUCCGUGAGAUCGCUUUCCCGGCCACAUGCUUCGAGGGCUUGGGCCGGGACCGCUACACUAUCUCCCACCUGGCGGAGCUCUCCGGCCGCCUCUCCGCGGUGGUCUCCGGUCCUCCCGACCACGAGGCGACAAGUCCCCUCGAGGUGUGGGCGAUGAAGGAGUACGGCGUGAAGGAGUCGUGGGCCCGAGAUUUCGUCAUCGGGAACCAUCACUCGCCUCCUCCGCCCCUGAUGAAUCCGACGUCGUAUGAAGGAGGACCCCUUCGAGUGCUGUGUAGAAUCAGGAGGAGCACUACUACUAGGGCGGUGUUUUUGGUGCAGUUCGGCGGCGGCGGCUUGGCUUCCUACUGUCCUGAGAAUCAAGAGCUCAAGGAACUUGUGGUGGUCCCUGGGCUUCCACGAUUCUUCUCGGCGGCGCUCCAUAUGGAAAGCAUGUGAAGAACUGAAUUGAAUUCAAUUAAAGGUGACCGGCCAGCAACUUGGUUUGUGGUCCGACACUCUCGGUAUAUUCGAUUCGACGCGCGCGCAAGACGAUAAAUAAGCGAGUAUGGUUUUUAAAAUGUUGCUCUCCUUAAUUUCACUCUUCUUGAAAUUUCAACUUGUACGCUCCAGUAUAUGUAUACUCUAAUACUCUAUAUAUGUUCGCCCGGUCCAGUCCAGUCCAGGCCGACAACUUUUCAAUACAAUGAAAAUGUUUUUGGUGCAGAGCA